CUCUCUAUACCAGAAGCUCCAGAUACUUCAUCAAUGGCGGUCUAUCAUACCUAACCAGGUAGGAUUCAUAUAUCUUCCGAUCACGUACGCCAUAAUUUCCGUCUCUGAAGGACCUGUAAAAUUGAAAUCUAAUAGAUGACGCGAACAUUCACAAUAUCCUAGUUCAUACUUAUUUUGUGAUGUUUGUUUUUUUGUUAAUUUUUCAUUUUGUACUUAUUUUCCUUGAAAUGUGAUAAAACCCUCAAAUUUGGAUCAAUUUGCUGAACUAGGUCUGAUCAAAAAGUGUAUAUUGGAUUGGUGUGAAGUUAGAUCCUUUUGAAACGCUAAAUAUCGGUGAAGCGUGAAUUGACUUAGGACUGGAUUCAUCCGGUUGGCAAAUGGAAACUGUAGUUAUUAGAUCGGAACGUCGAGGGAGAAAACGGAAGAACCAGGAUGUGCAGAAUGUUUCUGUGGAUCGACAAGGGAAGAAAAGGGCAGUGGACAUGAGGUCGAAGGCCUUGGUUGGGAGAUAUGUGAAGAAAGAAUUUGCGAACAAUGGGGUUUUUCUUGGUAAGGUUACCUGUUAUGAUACCGGAUUGUAUAGGGUUGAUUACGAAGAUGGGGAUUGUGAGGAUUUAGAAAGCGGCGAAGUGAGGGAGAUCCUUAUCGAGGAUAUUGAUUUUAACGUUGGGUGGUUGGAAAGAAAAAAUAAAUUAGACCAAUUAGUAUCGAAGAAAGAAUCAAAAGUAAAUGAGAAACCGGUAGAGAAUGUGAUCGAAUCUGUGAAUGUUGUUAGGGUUGAAGGGUCUUUGUUGAGUCAGUUAACUAAUCCUGGUUGUGAUACUGGCGUUGAUGAAGUUCAAGUUGAGGAGGUUGAUGCUGAUUCAUCCACUGAUUCGUGUGAGUAUGCUCAGGAUUCAAGUGUGGAUGCAGAAGCCCCCCUUUACCCACCACCACAAUUGCCUCCUUCUUCAGGGAAUAUUGGUGUUCCGGAGGGAUAUGUUUCGUACGUUUUCUCUAUAUAUGGUUUCUUGCGCUCAUUUAGUACCCGUUUGUUUUUGAGCCCCUUUGGACUGGAUGAUUUUGUGGGUUCUGUAAACUGUUCCGAACCAAACACCUUGCUGGAUUCUAUUCAUGUUGCUCUCAUGUGCGUGUUGAGGCGUCAUUUUGAAACACUUUCAUCUGAUGGUUCCAAGCUCACAUCAAAAUGCCUAAGGUGCAUGGAUUGGUGCUUGCUUGAUAUAUUGACUUGGCCAGUUUACUUGGUCCAGUAUCUAUUGAUGAUGGGAUACACAGAGAGACUUGAGUGGCAAGAAUUUUAUAUCGAGGCUUUAGAGAAUGAUUAUUACACAGUAUCUGCGGGCAGGAAGUUGUUAAUUUUGCAGAUCUUGUGUGAUGAUGUUUUAGAUUCUGAAGAGCUAAGAGCAGAGAUCAACAUGCGAGAAGAAUCAGAAGCAGGGCUAGAUCCUGAUUCAGUUACAGUCGUUGGUCCUGAAAGUGGACCGAAAAGGAUCCAUCCUAGAUACCCGAAAACCUCUGCUUGCCAGGAUCAAGAAGCCAUGGAGAUUAUAACAGAGAAUCAUGAGAUAAAGUCUAAGCCCAGUAAUUUGGGUUUUAAAGCUAGUGGAAUGGAUGCUGGUUCUGAUGUUAGUCUGGAUGGUAACAAUGAUGAAUGCCGGCUUUGCGGUAUGGAUGGGACCUUGCUUUGUUGCGAUGGUUGUCCAUCUGCUUAUCAUUCAAGAUGCAUAGGUGUGAUGAAAAUGUUCAUACCAGAGGGGGCAUGGUAUUGUCCAGAAUGUGCAAGUAAUAGGAUUGGACCAGCAAUUACAAGAGGAACUUAUUUAAGAGGAGCAGAAAUAUUUGGCGUAGAUUCAUAUGGACAAGUCUUUUUGGGUACUUGCAAUCAUUUAUUGGUGUAUGUUUCUGAUCCCUAUUUCUAG